AUGACAGAUCUCCAAAAAAGAAAAAGCCCAAGUAAAUUGACCGCGCUGGUAACUUUGUCACCCCUCACUGGCAGCUGGACAUUAUCACUAUUCCUUACUAUCAACCUAUCUCCACAUUACUUUCUAUUGGCAGAGGCUUCAUUUGGAAUAAGUAUUACCAUUUGCGUUUGUUACUUGACUCAUUAG